AUGGGAGCCCAGCUCCUGCAGUGCCUUGCCAUCGCGGCGGCCGUCCUGAUCGCGGUCGUCCUCGACCUGAGCGUGAACUCCCACGGCCGCACCGUCACAUUCCAGCUACGCCGGCUCGUCAACUGGCUCGUGGCGGGUGCGACCUACGCCGUCUUCUACAUGGCUCGCUACGCUGCGGUAAUCGUCAACACGCCCUCGGUCAGCUCCCUGCUCGGCGCCACACCGAGCGGGUACGGCGCGCUGCUCACGUGUGGGUUCUGGUCCUAUGCGGUCGGCACGGCGCUCGGGGGCGGAGUGGUCGACAAAAUUGGCGGCAGGCGCUCACUGCUCGUCGGCGCCGCUGGGAGCUGCGCGUGCUGCGCCGCCGCCGGCGCACUGCUGCUGCUGCAUCCCAGCUACUGGGAGCUCCUGCUGCUCAACUCGCUCAACCUCGCCAGCGCAAGCCUCGCCGCUCUCUCUGUCAUCCGCAUCAACGUCGACUGGUACACCAAGAGCGAGCGGGGCACCUUCGCCGGCAUCUUUGGCACCAUGCUCUCCACCGGCUACUUUGUGGCGCUCGUCCUCGGCGGGUGGGUCCUCGCAGCCCACGGACCUGCCGCCAGCUUCCUAGCGCCGGCAUCCGCCCUCGCCGUCGCCGCGCCGCUCGUGGCCUGCGCCGUCGCCGACCGGCCCGCCGACGUCCGGUGCGUAUCGCUCGUCUCAGAGCCUGCCGGCAGCCGCGCCUCCUCUCCCUCGAGCCGGGGUUGCGUCGUCCCAAUGCCUUACCGCACCGCGUUGCGUCGGCUGCUCGCCGAUCCAAAGGUGCGAGCGACGAUGCUCGGCCUCUUUGGCACGGGCUGGGUGCGCGAGGGCUUCCUCAGCUGGUUCGGCUCUUACCUGCACGCCACCGCCGGCGUCGAGGUUGGGUCUGCCUCCCACUCGGCGGCGGCGAUGGCCAUCACGCUCGGAGGGAUGGUGGGCUCGCUCGGCGUCGGCGUCAUCUCCGACCGAUGCUGCGGCUCAAGGCGCGCGCCUGUGGUCCUCGCGUGCGCCCUCGCGCAGGCGGCCAUUCUCCUCUGCUUCCCCGCGGCGGUGCGCGCGGCAAUCGCGUCCGGAAGCGCCGACGCCGUGCUCCCUCUGGCCCUCUUGUGCGGCGCGCUCUCGGCGCCGCUCUUUGGCGCGCUGACGGUCCUCAUGGCGGCCGCGAGCGUGGAGCUCGUUGAGCCGUCCCUGAGCGGCACGGCGUCCGGGCUACUAAACUGCGCGCAGUAUGUUGGGUCGGGGUCUUCGACACUCAUUGCCGGGGCAGCUAUCGAGUGGCUUGGGCCAGACGCCCUGUUCGCGAGCCUUACGCUCGGCGCGGGCCUGUCGACGGUGGGCAUGGCGCGGGUGAUGUGGCUGCAGCACGGAGCCAGGGCGCUGGAGGCGAAGCGCCUGACACAAGGCGCUGAGGUGGUCGAGCUCGAGGAGCGCGUGUAG